ACAUGUGAGCGCAGGGAGGAGUUUAAGGUCCUGAUCCGAGCUGCACACAGAGGACAGUCAGUCUGCGAGGAGCCCGAACAUGAGCCCACACCUCCUCAUCCUGAUGUGACAAACAUCUGCAUCAUCCCUGUCACAUCUGGACCAUGAGGAGCUCAAACUCUGCUGCAACUUUUCCUCGAGUUUGGAGGAGCUGAGCUGGGAUGAGGAGCAGAGCCUGAAGCUUUUUCUCUCCAGCCAACAAACCAGAGGCGGUCGUCAUGUCGAUGUGGAUGAUCCUCCCUGUCAGCCUGCCUGUCUUCACCAUCACUGGAAUAUGGGUUGUAUACGCGAUGGCCCUGUACAACCAGCAUGUCUGCCCCGUGCACAACUGGCUGUAUAAUGCAUCAUGUGAGGAGCCUCUUCCGUUACAGAGGAGUCCGGUCCUGUGCUGCACCCUGGACAACAUCCCGCUCAUCAGUAAAUGUGGAACUCUCCCACCUGAGAGCUGCUUUUUCAGCCUCAUCUGCAGCACCGGCUCCUUCAUGGUGAUGCUGAUCGCUCUGCUGCGUUACGCUCACGUGAUCGAGAAACACCAGAACUGUGUCCUCAACACGGCCGGCCUGUCCACCGCCUGGAUCUGUGCUGCCGGUCUCAUCAUGGUGGGAAACUUCCAGGUGGAUUUUGCCAAAGUCCUCCACUACGUCGGUGCCGGAGUGGCCUUCCCGUCCAGCAUGCUGUUUGUGUGCCUUCAGUCGGCUCUGACUUACAGGCUGGCCAAGACCCAGGAGGAGUACCGGAUCGGUCACCUCCGCGUUGGGAUGGCUCUGCUGGCACUGAUCGCCCUCGUCCUCAGUGGAGUUUUCUUCUGCCAGGAGAGCUUCGCCCUGCAGCACGCCUCCGCCAUCUUCGAGUGGAUCUACUGCAUGCUCAUCAUGCUCUUCUACGGGACUUUUGUCUUCGAGUUCGGGGGCAUGUCGGGGGACACCCUCAUGGUUCUGUCCAGAGGAGGCGGAGUGCAGAGUUUCUCCAGCUCCUCUGAACACAAGGCGGAGGUGGGCGGUAGCUCCAACCACCACCACCACCACCACCAGACAGAGAGCUUCUCCAUGCUGUAACCAAACUGCAGCAUCUUCUGGAGGUCAAAGCGUGCCACAUGGGCCCAUGCAUCCUGCACAUGCUCACGCUCACUAUUGCACAGAGCCAAAGACGGAUUCACAGGCUACACUGCAAACCAUUGCACAAUGUUGUAAGUGCCUUCUCUGACCACAAAGGCGACACACAGUCCUCGCUGUUUGUUUGAUUCUCUCUUAUCAGACUGAACUCAGACGUCGCUCCUCGCUGAGCAGAGAGCAGCUUGUUUUCACGACACACUGAGCUCUGUAUUGUUUUCUACUCAGGAAGUUUUGUUACAUAAUCCACGUCUGCUCUUUACCUCACUUGCAAGGUGAAGAAAAAAGAAGAGUUCUGACAAUAGAUGGAAAGUUACCGUGUGCCAAGAAUAAUCUCAUUUAUUGUUGUCAUACUUUCGUGUUCAAAAUGAUCCAUGCUCGUGUUUUUUUAAGUGUUAAUAUCAGCAGAAAAUAUCUUUACGACCACACGGCUGUCUCAUAUUACCCAGAUAAGCUCUGUUGUAUAUUUUGUUGUAUCUUACUUCAACUCUGCCAAAAAAUCCUUGUGUCAUUGUUCUCAGUAACAAAGACAGUCUUUACCUUUUUUAAUGGGACCAAGCUAUUUUAGUAAGGAUGAUGUUCUUAUACAGAAAUACUUUUACAAGAACGUUUAAUAAAGACUGCAGAGAACAAAUUAAAG